AUGAGCUCGUCCACCCGCAGCCUCACCAUGCUGGUCAUGGUCAGCCUCGGUCUCUUCGCGGCCAGCAGCCACGCCGCCUUCCUCCGACCCAUCCAGCCCCGCAGCCCCGUCGCGAGCAGCCACGAUGUCGGCGAGGCCCAGGGCGGCAUCGACCUGAUGAUCCGAUCCGAGGACCAGUAUUUCGAAGAGGGCGAAGACUCGCCGUACGUCUACGCCAACAACGACGGCAGCAGGUGCGUCUUCAACCCGCCCCACCCGGACCUCGUCGACGGCGUGUUUGGACAGGUGUGCGACCGCUGCUGGGGAUACGAGUGCGAUUGCCAGACGGUCUCGGCCAGCGACUUCCACCGUCGCUGCUUCGAGGUCGACCCGCAGGCACACUUCUUCCCGCCCGACACCAGCGGCGAGGCCUCCCAGUCGCCGUCGUCGCCGCAGCAGAAGACGGACGGCGAGGAGCCCAACCUCGCCCGCCGUGACCCGGCACCGGCCAACCAGUACCUCAGCUACGACCAGUGGGUGCUCAAGAACGGCGCCACCAAGGACACGCAGAGGUGCGUCAUCGACGACGCCGACUUUUCGCUGAGCAACACCGACCUGGCCAAGAUGUGCGGCCCCUGCAACGACACCAUCUGCGAGUGCAGCGCCGGCUUCGACGACUUCUGCAGCGCCUGCACAAAGUACGGCGGUCAGUGCAACGCCGUCGACCAGGACGCCCCGAUCCAUCCGGCCCCCGCCGGAGGAGCUGCUGAAAACGACGCCGAGGAGCUGAAGGGCCAGGAGGAGCCGAGGAGCUGA